AUGAACGAUCAAAGCCUUAAUCCUUCGUCCGGGAACAGUAACAUCAAUACUACAACUGUUGCUGGUGCUGCGAGUGGCACUAACUCUCAUCCCUCUUCGACUCAUAAUCAUGGCCAUGGAUCAGGAGAUAGAACGCAUCAUGUUCAUCACUCUUCCCAAAAUUCUCUCAUGGAAGCAGGUCCUCCAUCAGGCCUAACAUCAGGCUUCAAGAAGGUCAACUCGGAAGUAAGAAAUGAAAGCUUUUCGAGCACUUCAGGAGAGACUUUUUCCUCUACCGACCUCUCUACCUUGCACUACAAGAUCACCCAAGAUUUGAUGACAUUUCUCUUCACCAUGCAAAAUAAUUCGAGACAUUAUGGAUGGAAAAAUUACUGUCUUGAUUUAAUAUUACAUGCCCAGAUAUUUUGGAGUUUUAUAUUCAUUCCUGUGUUGAGUCCUCAAGACUUUUUGUUUGGGCAAUGGGGAAGUUGGAUAUUUACCAUUUUAAAUUGGAACACAUCACUCUCAAUGGAUCUACUGCCUUAUUAUGGAGCAGUUGGUAUUUCUAGUGCUGGCUUAUUUCUCUUAUUCAUGAUGUUUAUGUUGUACAUUGUCGGUAGGAAAGCAGCACUUGAUACAUCAAGUAUGGUGGUGUAUUUGAGAAAGGUUCUUCAUACUCUGUCUUUUAUAAUCAUUUUGUUCUCGGCUCCAAUAGCAUUUAUAUUUUCAAGCUUCUUUGACUGCAGUUAUGGAUUUCCAAUUAUACCUCAUGCAACCACUGCUGGUACAAUCAUACUGUCUAACAGUACCCAACCAUCUUCCCUUGAAAACGGCGGUAUGAAUUUGAAUAGAUUUCCCAUGACUUCCUGUUUUUCUAGCGACAACAUUAUCAUGUGGACUAUUUCACUCAUUGGAAUGAUUGUAUUACUAGCAGUCACAGUGUUGUCUUCAUGUAUCAUACCUCACAUGCAUCCUUUAAGCACAUCCCUGUUCAAAAGUGAUUCCUUGUUGUUUAGAGUGAGUUUUUUAGCCUGCAACAUUGUUUCCAUCACUAUACAUUAUUUGAUUCCUCCGCAAUGGGCCUUCGCACGAUCUGCUGUUCAUAUUGCAAUAAGCAUGGGGAUGGCUUUCUUAGUUUUCAAAACAAUCCCAAUGAUGAGAAGAUGGGAAAACUCUCUUCUCUUUGCAAUAACAUUAGGCAGAGUCGGCACCUCUCUCGGUGGACUUAUUUCACAUUUAGCUAAUACAACAUUGAGUAACGAGUUUGGAAUCGCAAUGACCAUGAUGACAAUUGGUUUCAUGGCUCUUUUCUUUGUUGCUGGCUUUGUGAGCAUGGAACUUUAUACAAGGAUUGUGUUUAGUAUGUUUAAAAGCAGGUAUUUUAGCCCUCAAGACGAAGAUAAUGGAGGAGAACGAGAACUACUGCAAUUGUAUCAUAUAAUGGAAGAAAACAAGCAUUUACCGCUCUUAUAUUUAUAUCUAAAGUUUUCCAUGACCUCACCUAACCAUGACGACCUACUUCACGGAAUUAACCUCAUUCGUGGCGUCACAUCCUUGAAAGCGUUUAAUGACAUUCACUCACUAAUUGUGUCGGCUCUAAUAGUCGCAUACUUUAUACCUGAUGAAGUUAAUUCGUCAAGCUUUGCUCAAGCCUUGCUAAAGAAGGCCAUAAAACAACGCCCUCACAUAUUUCUAAAAUUUCUAAUCGGUCAAAAGAAAAAAGAGAUUGAAGUUUACACCACUGAAGUAAUUAAAACUAAUGGAUCUAUGGAGUUGAACUCGACACUCUUUAAAGUUGAAAAGAAAAUUAAAGAAUUAACGGCCAUUCAUAGACACUUUUUUAAGGAAUUAAUGCAGGAAAUUGUAUCAUAUGAAAAAGCUGAAAGAAUGAUGAUGCGAUGUGCAGUUUUGGAAGGAGAAUGUGAUUCUAUUUUCAAAAAUGUUCUUAAGCUAUUCAACAACAACAAAACAGUGCUUAGAAUGUAUGCACAAUAUUUGGAAGCAUUCAAAUUCAACAAACAGCUGGCACAAGAGUUUUAUAUGGAGGCUUCUAGUAUUGAGGAAGAAGAAUCUGUUCGAAAGCGAGUUAUAGGCUUUAGAAAUAGCGGCACAAAAAAACUUGCCAAAAAAACCAACCGAGCAUCUGUUGUUCAUCCAGAAUCAGAGGAGAAUCCAACAACAUUGCAGGAUUCAGACAAGAGAUUUCGUUCUAAUAACUCGAUCACUGUCAGUGUCCAUUCUAGAAAUGCUACAGAAGAAAAACCACCUGAUAUGGAAAGAGCCAAUAGUGAGUCCAGUUUUGAUCUUACAGGAGUAGACACUUUAAACAACGAAGCAAAACGUGAACUAACCUACAGAUCCACAUUAUCAACACCAUCAUCAAGAGCUAUUCAACUAGGAUUGUUUUUGUUUUUCAUUGCACUUUCAUUUCUGCUUGUCACUGCAAGUUUAGUUAUAGGCUAUUUCAUUUCUCACGAAGUUACAGACCACGUGACAACGGCACGUAGCGCAUGUGCUCCUGUUAUGGGACUAACAACAAUACUGGUCAAUACUCGUGGAUUUCAACUUGUACAAAACUUUGGAUCUGAGAGUUUAGCUCAUGAUGUUUCAACCCAAUUGUUUCUAGAUAUAGAGGAAAAUAAGGAAAUGAUGAAAGAGAUGAUGAGCUUGGCAAUGGAACUAAGAUCGGCUGCUUAUGAUUCUAAAUUUUCUGACAGGAUUUAUGGUGUUUAUCACGGAGAAGGCUUCCCCGUGCUUAUUCCUCAAAUCGAAGACCACAGUAUUAGAGUUUAUAAUGUCACCGCAAAAGAAAAUGCCACCAUAGCAGAUAUCAACAGCAUGAUCAUAGAAGCUACCAAAAAAUUGCUACAGUAUGACGAAAUAGAGCUGAAACAAACCUUAACUAGUUACGAGUUCAUGUUAUUGCAUAGAAAUUUUGAUACUUUUACCCACGCCUAUGAGAAAUUUUGCGGAAUGUUCAUGGCUUCUUCUCAAAACGACGCGUUAGAAUUGAAUCAUACCUAUAUCACUUACACAUCUAUUUCUCUUUCUAUUUAUGUUGUAUUUUCAAUUUUUUACAUGAUUUUUAUGAGAUUUGAUUUGGUAAUUGUAAAAAAGCAAAUUAAGCUUUUGCAAAAGUUUGUUACGAGAAAUGAGAUUGGAAAGAUUUAUCAUGCACUCGGUAAGAGAGUUGGAGACGAAACGACAAUACACAUUUCUAAAGCUGCAUAUUUGAAGCCAAAAAAUUUAUUUAUCAUACUCACCAUGGCCAUGGCGUUCACAGUAACUCUUAGUUGUGUUCUGUUCUUAGAGGAAACCCUUGCUAAUACCAACUACAGCGUGCAAUCGUAUUCUACCAUCAGAUACAGCUAUCACACGCUGACAUUUAUUCAACACAUCGCUUUCUACGUUACCGAAAUAUUUUCCUCAAAAGUAGCACAAAACCAGACACAAUUAUUGACGCCUGAAGAGCUUGAGUUUUUCCAUGACGAUUUCAACAAUAUUAUAGCCUCUGUUAGAGAAUAUUGGGGGUUAUGCUUGUACGGAUCUGAUGAGCAAUCAGGCAGAGAUAAAAGAGUGAUUGGCUUAUUUCCUGAAACUGACGAAAUGAUUAAGGGUAAUGAAAAUUGCACCCUCGAACAGCUUUUACACGACUCAACAUCUCGUCAUAAUUUUUCAUGUGUUGUUGGCGUUGACAGUACCAUUUCUGACAUUGCUUUGAAGAGUAGAAAACUUCUUGAAGAUGUUCAAGCCUCAGACAGCUCAAUGUGGCAAAAUAUCAACUUUUUUAUGGACAUUGCUUUUUUAACCAGCUAUGUCUCUCAAGUUUUGAUCAACUUUUCAGAUGUAUUUGCUUUGGCUUCCAGUGAACCCAAGCUAGAACUAUUUACAGCUGUCGCAGUGUUAGCUUUCACAAGUUUGGUUGUAUUACUUUUUGGUUUAGUGAACUCCAUGUCACUUCACGCAAAAACGACAUUUACCAUGAGAAUGAUGUUCAAUUAUAUUUCUCUCGAGACGAUUGAAGCUAACGAACGAUUGAAAAAUUAUGUCUUGUAUCACUCUUUAAUAAGCUUCUUUGAGAAGUUAAGCUACCAAACAGACUCGGAUAGCUCAGAUGCCAAGCUCAUCUCGAUUUUGAAUGCAUCCGUUGAGGGAGUGGUGCUUUGUAACUCGACACUGGGGAUGGAAAUUGUGAAUCCUGCUUCUCUUAGAAUGUUCGGCUAUCAAAGUGAAGAUGUAAUUGGCAAGCCCCUAGUGUCGUUAUUCGAAAAGAAUAAGCAAGACACGAUACGAAAAGAAAUCGAGUCAAUGAAAACAAGUGUCACGGAGCAUGAUUCAAAAGGAGAAACAUUUGAUGUGGAUUGUAUUAGGAAAAAUCAGACAUUAUUUCCAUGCAAGGUAACAAUAUUCGUGUCGGUGUUCCAAAAGAAGCAGAUCGUUACUUGUUUUCUCAAAGACGUAACCUCUGAAAAGAAACAAAAUUCUCUCCUUGCAGAAGAAAAGAAGAAUAGCGAAAAGUUGUUACUUAAUAUUUUGCCUGAAGAGGUUGCUACUCAGUUAAAGAAUGGUAUUAGUCUAAUUGCAGAGAAAUUUACCGAUGUAACUUGUUUUUUCAGUGACAUGGUGAAUUUUACAGCCAUGUCGUCUACAAUGAGCCCAUCAGACUUGGUCCAAAUGCUCAAUAUUAUUGUGAAUGGAUUUGAUGAUCUUACUGAUACAUAUGAAAUUGAAAAAAUCAAAACAAUUGGAGAUGCAUAUUUUUGUGCUGGAGGACUUUUUAACAGUUUAUCAGACCAUCCGGAAAGAGUACUUCGGUUCUCUAUGGAUACUUUUUCAGUGAUCCGACAAUUUAAUAGCAAGUUAAUGUUGGAGUUUUAUGGUAAUGAAAACAAUGUACCUCCUCAACAAAUUAAUAUUCGCUGUGGCAUUAACACUGGUGGUGUAAUUGCAGGAGUGAUUGGAAAGAAAAAGUUUGCUUUUGAUUUGUGGGGUGACACCAUCAAUGUGGCCAGCAGAAUGGAGAGUACAAGCAAGCCUGGAAGAGUAAGAAUUAGUCGCUCAACAUAUGAACGAGUGCAUGAUCUUGGGUUUACAUUUGUGGAAGAAAAGACCGAUGUUAAAGGCAAAGGAUUGACACAAACCUACUUGUUGAAUGCGUGUCAUCAUGUAUGUGCCAUAUUGACAUCAGAAGAAAUUAAUACACUUAGAAGCGAGAAGGAUGAUUUAAGCGUUGAGAGGCUUAGUCAAACCAACCUUAAUCAAUUAGACAAUGCCAACGAGAAUUUCUCAAAACAAUCAGAUCUCCCACAACAAUAA